AUGACGGAAGCCGACAACUACGAUGAUGAGCUCGUCUCGGCCAACCCCAACCAGCGCAAUUGGCGAGGGAUUUUGAUUGCCCUCCUCGUAAUUAUCGUCGUGCUGGCCCUGAUCGUAACGUCUGUGGUACUGCUUACUCCGCCGGAUGAGGGACCGCGCGUCAAGGGACAACGGAUACGACUGCAGGACAUCAUCGAUGGGGAGUACGCACCGAAGAAGCUCAAUGGAAGCUGGAUUGGUGCGGACGAGUUCCUGUACCAGAACCACUGGGGUGAGAUAAGUUUACUCAGCAUGAAUAAUCUGUCGGAGCGGGUGCUCAUGUCCAACACGACGGUGAAAACACUUGCUCCGGUCAAGUUUUCCAUCUCCGCCGAUCGGCGGUACAUUCUGUUGGCCCAGAACAUGAGGAAACUCUUCCGACACUCAUACUUGGCGCAGUACACCAUCUACGACAUAAGCACGAGCGAAACGAUCCAGCUGGCGGUCAAGGCGGAAGAUGACGAAUGGCCGUGGCUGUUGCACGCCGAGUUCACCCCCAAAGGGCAAGCCAUCGUGCUGGUGUACAAGUACGAUAUCUACUACAAACCAUCGGCACGGGCCCCCCAGACCUACCGGCUGACGAAGAACGCCGUUCCCGGAAUCGUCUACAAUGGUGUUCCCGAUUGGCUGUACGAAGAGGAAAUCCUGCACGCCAACAAAGCAAUCUGGCUUUCCACGGAUGGCCACCUGAUGCUCUACACCACCUUCAACGAUUCGCUCGUGCAGGAGCAACAGUUUGCCUGGUACGGCACAUCCAGCGGUGACAUCAAUCUCUACCCGGAGAUCCGCUCCCUACGGUAUCCCAAGCCGGGCACCAGUAAUCCGACGGUAACCUUGAACGUUGCCGACCUGACUGAUCCGAAAAGCAUUCGGAUGAACAAGCUCACUCCUCCACCGAUUCUCGUGAACCAGGAGCACUACUUCACCAGUGCCGCCUGGAUUUCGCCGUCGGAGGUCAGCGUCGUGUGGAUGAACCGUCCCCAGAACCUAUCCGUCGUAACACUCUGCAAAAGCCCUAUGUGGUACUGUCAAGAGACUCACCGUAUCAGUGGCGAUGGCCGUGGUUGGGUCGACGAAAUGUCCAUACCGUUCUUCAGCCUUAAUGGCAGCUCGUACAUAGCGAUCUCUCCGCUGCGUGACGGUUCUGCAGGACACUUUCGGCACCUGGUGCACGUACAUAUCGGCAAGAAGCGUAUCAUCCCGUUGACUCAUGGCCGUUUUGAGGUUAAUAAAAUUCUCCACUGGGACCAGGCGAACAAUUUUGUAUACUAUCUCGGCAUACCGGAGCACUCGCCGGCCCAGCAACAUCUGUACCGGGCCUCGUCACUGCCCCCGAAGCAGGGCACUUCGCCCAGGCCGCCCCGCUGCCUCACCUGCAGCCACCAACACAGUGCGCACGCGCACGUCACGAUCAAGGCCUCGAACCGGGUCCAGCAGCAGUGGAACGAUGACUGGGAGGACAUCGAGGACGAGGAGGAAGAGUACGUGGAGAUCCCGCUAACGACGCCACCGUCGAAGAGGAAGCGGAAACCUACCGAACCGGAGCCUCCGCCUCCGCCGCCGAUGCCGUGUCAGCACUUUACGGCCACGUUCGCACCGAGCAACAGCGAGUACGCCCUGAUCGAGUGCCAGGGACCGAUCGUACCGUUCAGCGCCAUCUAUCGCAUCGUGCCCGACCUAACCAAGAGCCCCACGCAGGUCCUGUACUACCUGCAGAACAACACGGCGCUGGCCGAGCGCAUCAACAAGGUGGCCCUGCCGCAGGUGAAGUCGUUCCCCGUGAUGAUUUCCGGUGGCUACCAUGCCCAGGUUCGCAUGUUUCUGCCGCCGGGACUGCGUGAGGACGAAAUCACGCGCUACCCAAUGAUCGUGCACGUGUAUUCUGGACCGGGCACACAGCUCGUGACGGACAAGUGGCGGUUCGAUUGGAACACGUACCUGGCGGGCACGAAAGACUACAUCGUGACGCAGAUCGAUGGCCGAGGAUCGAGUGGCCAGGGAUAUCAGCUGCUGCACGAAGUGUACCGGCGGCUCGGUACAGUCGAAGUAUCGGACCAGCUCGAGGUGGCCGAGUAUUUGCGCGAUUCGCUGCACUUCGUGGACAAACGGCGCGUCGGUAUCUGGGGCUGGAGUUACGGUGGCUACACGGCGGCCCUGGCAAUGGCCAGCCCGACCAGCCUGUUCCAGUGCGGUGUCAGUGUGGCACCGGUGACGAACUGGAAGUUGUACGACUCUACGUACACCGAGCGUUACAUGGGCAUGCCAAACGUGACCGACAACUACAAAGGCUACGAGGACAGUGACCUAUCGAAGCACGCCGAGAAACUGCGGGACAAGCAGUUCCUUAUGGUCCACGGCACCGCCGACGAUAAUGUGCACUUCCAGCAGAGCGUGGUGUUCUCGAGGGCGCUCUCCAGCAAGGGCGCACUGUUCAAGCAGCUCAUAUACCCGGACGAGGGCCACAAUCUGUCCGGCGUUAAGAAGCACCUAUACCGCUCGAUGACGCUCUUCUUUGAGGACUGCUUCCGGAAGCUGGUGCCCCAGGACGUGAAGGCCGGUCUGGGGAACGGCGGAUCCAGUGAUUAA